AUGGAGGAGGUCUUGGAGAGGCAAGAACGAGAAAUAAGAGAAAGAAGGCGUAGACGAGCUGCAAGCAAAAGAAUGCAGAGAGAACUAGAUCAGCAAAUUUUCAUGGUUGUGGCUUUGUUUGAUGAAGAAAACCAGAGCAGUCGUGGUUCACAUGAAGGCCGUGCACCGAAUGUUGAUAGACAUAGGCAUUCUCGGAGUAAGAAUCUUAUGGAAGAUUAUUUUAUUCCAACUUCUCUGUACUCUGAUGUUCAUUUUCGAGGGCGAUAUAGAAUGCAACAACAUUUGUUCAAUGAUAUUUGCAAUUAUGAUGAAUACUUUGUUCAAAAGAGAAAUUGUGCUGGUGUUUUGGGACUACUUCCUGAACAAAAGUUCACAGCUGCUAUACGAAUGUUGGCAUAUGUCGAAACUUUGUACACUAGGGACUACCUGCGCAAACCUACGCCCAGGGACCUGCAACGACUUCUACAGAAAGCCAAAGCUAGAGGCUUUCCAGGAAUGAUUGGUAGCAUCGACUGCAUGCACUGGCAAUGGAAAAAUUGCCUAACUGCUUGGCAAGGCGAUUACGAGAAUCGGAAAGGCCAAAAAAGCAUCAUCCUUGAAGCCGUUGUAGGAUUCGAUACAUGGGUUUGGCACACCUUCUUCGGAGUUGCUGGAUCUCAAAAUGACUUGAACGUCCUAGGUCAAUCCCCGGUGUUCAACGAUGUUUUGAUAGGAGAAGCCCCGCAAAUCACCUAUCAAAUCAACAAUACCGUCUACCAGAUUGGGUAUUAUCUAGCUGACGACAUCUACUCGAGGUGGACAACAUUUGUGAAAACACUUCCGCAUCCCCAAACCCGAAAGCAAAAAUUGUUUGCCUUAUAUCAAGAGAAAUACAGAAAAGAUGUGGAGAGAUGCUUUGGUAUCCUCCAAGCUCGGUGGGCGAUCAUUAGACCAUCUCCAACCCAAUGGGUGGAAACCCAAAUUAUAGGUUUUGAGUCCAAAAAACUUCUCCAACCCAUGUAUUUUGGGAGGUGGAAAUUUGAGAAAUCUCAAAUCUUGGGUGGAAUUCCACCCCAAGUAUUGCCUGGACUUAUAAUUUUUGUGGGCCCAAACUCUGCCCAAAAGCAAGCCUCAAAAUAG